CGCUCCGAACUCCGCUGACAACAUCACAGCCAGCGGGACGAAAACAAUCAGCAGCUGGAGAGCCACGGGAGAGUAGCAGCCAUUCUACUGAAAUUAUAACAACACACAAAGACGCUUCUUUAAUUUAUAUAUUUUUUUGCGUAGUAUGUGUGUGAGGGUCCCAGCCGUUCCGCGGACAGUAUCGGAGCGCACUGGUGGAAGAGCCACCUAGUUUCCAGAACCUGACUCUAACUUCGUAUCGUCUGACCUUCAUAGCGGUUUGCAGCCCACCCUCUCCGGGGUGUCUAGAGAUGUAGAGAUCAGCGUGAGGAGCACAGCCCCAUCUUUCCCAGCAGCACUUUCUCACCAAGAGCUUCCUCACUCUCUCGGGCUGGACUGCAGUGCGUCUGCGUCGGCUCGCCCUCCCCUCCCCCCUCGCCCCCCAGCCAUGGCCUCACGAAUAGGGCUGCGGCUGCAGCUGAUGCGAGACCAGCUGCAGCAGGAGGAGCAGCGGGAGCGGCAACUGCAGCAGAAUGCGGCGCUGCAGUACAUGCAACAGCAGCGUAUGUCUGCCCCAGCACCCAGCCCUGCCAUCAACGCUCCACAACACUGCCAGAGCAUGCAGGUGCCUGUGGAGGUCCUCAAGGUGCAGACUCACCUGGAGAACCCUACAGACUACCACAUUCGCCAGUCCCAGAGACAACAGGUGAAGGAGUACCUCUCCACCACCUACGCCACCAAGCAGACAGUACAUGCAGUAACAGGGGUGGUCCAACCAUCCCCUCCCCCCACUCUGGCCCCCUCGGGGGCCUCUUCCUCGGCCCCCCCUCCUCUCCACUCCCCCCGGCUCCGUACAGAGCAGCUCAUCACAGGAAACAGCGCCCCUAACAGCCCCAUGGCCAUGCUCAACAUCGGCUCCAGCCACGAGAACGAGGUACACGAGAUGGAUGAGGUCAUCGAUGACAUCAUCAGCAUGCAGUCGAGCUAUGAUGACAUCCAGCAGUACAUUGACCCUGUUCAGAUGUCCAACACAGUAAGUAUUACACCAUACAGUCAACCUGGGUGGGAUUGUCAAGGUUUGAACACUUCUGAACUGGGUUGAAAUGACUAUUC